CACAGUUACUGACGAGUGGUUCUGUCUCUCACUCUCAGUCUCACUCUCAGCUCCAAACACUGGAUAUUGGUAUUUCUGUAUCGGUGUCACUGUGGAGCAGAACCACAGAGGGCAACACAUGUAUAUGGUCCCGUUCACUUACACCUGGAAUUCCUGCCCUCACAUCUCAACCCAAGUCACAUUGCUUUUAAUUAAGAUCCACAGUGAUGCCUUGUCUCCAGGCACAGUACGGGGGGAGUUUGCUGCAGGCCGGGGCAACUUCGAGAACUACAGCUCUGACUUGCUGACCCCGGAGUUUGUCAAGUUGGGCAUGGACCUGACUGCCACUGAGAUCAGUGCCACCACCUCGCUGCCCAGCUUCAACACCAUCGUGGACCCCAAUGGCGCGGACCUUGACUCCUAUCUGUACCAGUUAAUGCUGGCCAACCAGCAGUCAACCUUCAAGCUGGAUGACCUCCAGAUGUUUGGCUGUUACCCGGCCUCCAUCAACAUGCACUUGGAGGACAUGCUGCCCCCCUGUGGACCUUCCCAGUACUACAACGGUUCCUGCUCCAUCCCAUCCUCCAACCCGGCUCUGCCAAUGCCACAAGUGUCCACCUGGGAGGACUCCCUGCCUCACCCCUACGCAGAGAUGGACGCCUUGACGGAUCAACACAAGAACGGCUCCCAGUUUUCCUUCUUCUCCCUCAAGCAGUUGCCCACGGACUCUGGCCUGCCCCUGUGCCACCAGCACCUGGAAGCCGGCGCCCGCCCUCCCGACUCCGUCCAGCACUUGGUGGAUUCCAUCUCCUACACGGCGUUCCCGGUUCUUCCCAUGGAUCCUGGGGCUCGAUUACUGGACGGGCACAUCCCCCCGGAGCUAGAGAAGCCCCUCCUCCCCUCAUCCCCCGCCCGCAACCCCCCACCCAGCGAGGGUCAGUGCGCCGUGUGCGGGGACAAUGCCUCGUGCCAGCAUUACGGCGUUCGGACCUGCGAGGGGUGUAAAGGCUUCUUCAAGCGAACUGUGCAGAAAAAUGCCAAGUACGUGUGUCUGGCCAACAAGGACUGUCCCGUAGACAAACGCCGACGGAAUCGCUGUCAAUUCUGCCGAUUUCAGAAGUGCCUCGGGGUGGGAAUGGUGAAGGAGGUGGUCCGGACCGACAGCCUCAAAGGUCGCAGGGGCCGCCUACCGUCCAAGCCAAAGAAUGUUCCGGACUCCGCUCCUUCCGGCGCCCCGGUCAGUCUCCUCUCAGCGCUGGUCAGGGCUCACAUCGAUUCCAACCCCGGAGCGUCCAGCCUCGACUAUUCCAAGUUUCAGGAACCCGCAGCGGAACGUUCCGCAGAGGACGAGGCCGAUCACAUCCGGCAGUUUUAUGAGCUGCUGUCGUCCUCCAUGGAGAUGAUCCGAAAGUGGGCGGAGAAGAUCCCGGGGUUCAGCGCGUUUCCCAAAGAGGAUCGGGAACUGCUCCUGGAGUCGGCGUUCCUGGAGGUGUUUAUCCUGCGGUUGGCCUACAGGUCUAACCCCGAGGAGGGGAAGCUGAUAUUCUGUAACGGGGCAGUGCUGCAUCGGGAGGAGUGUGUGAGGGGCUUCGGGGAGUGGAUUGACUCCAUCAUUGAAUUCUCGGCCGCUCUGCGACGCAUGAAGAUCGACGUGUCCAGUUUCUCGUGCCUCGCCGCUUUGGUUAUGAUCACAGACCGUCACGGGCUGAAGGAAGCCAAGAAGGUGGAAGAUCUACAAAACAGGAUCAUCACCUGCCUGAAAGACCACGUGACAACGAGCGAUGGUGGGGAGCCAGGCCGACCAAAUUACUUGUCGAAACUGCUGGGCAAAUUACCGGAACUGUGCACGCUCUGCACGCAGGGACUCCAGCGUAUCUUCUACGUGAAACUCGCCGAUCUGGUUCCCACGCCCGCCAUCGUGGACAAGUUAUUCCUGGACACUCUACCCUUCUAAAGUGCAAAGACCGCCCUCGCUUAUCACAAGGACUCGCUGGGAGUUCAUCUCAGAUGCCGCCCACCCCCCCCCCACACACACACAGACACACACACAGCCUUCUAUCUUUCCCCCCCCCCACCCCGCCUCUCCUUCCCUCCUUCCCCAACCCCAUCUCCAACAAACCGGGGUCAUUGCUUUGACGGAGAGAGAGAUUCUGUUGGACGAAGACACCACACAAUGUGGCUGAAAUGCGUCUCUAUAACUUGGGGAAGUCCAACUUAUACCUUUCUAACUAAACAAAACACACCCCUCCCUCCACUCCCCCCCCCACCCACACACACACAUUCCCUCACUCUUUCCCCGCACCCUCAAACAGCUGUGUCACUUACACCUCUACACCUUCUUCUCUGGCAAGUUGGUUGCCUCCAAAUACUGGGACGGUUUAGGAUUCGGAGCUGGAAAACGGGUCGAGUUUCAACGGAGAGAGAGAGAGAGAGAGGAGACCUUCCCCCUGGAUUGUGAGGGGAGGGGGUUGUGUUUAGACUCAGGAUUAUCAAGGAUACAAUGACACCCGUUUUCACCCAGAAACACGUGACUUUCAGCCAAAGGCAGAAGAAGAGAACUUUUCAAAUGUUUUUUGUGUCCACCCCACCUGGGGGAGGGGGGAGGG